AUGGGGAACGCGAGAACCAAAAAGAAUGAUUCUCACCAAAACGGGGGCUUCCAGGAAUUGUCAUCACGACCUGUCACUGAUAAUAGUCCCGCUACAGUGCCAACCAGCGCAUCCCAAUCCUCACCCUUGAGGCUUCCCCCAAUAGAUCCGAGUAGGGCACAAGCUCCAGAUAGGCGCCUACCACCUAUAUUUCCGCGCGCUGGGCCAAUGGCCCAGCCUCAGAAACCUGCCCAAUCCCUGCCAAACAAUAGUAACGCCUACAACCCAUCAGAAAUAUUCCCUACACGGCGAGCAGUCAGCCGUACCCACACUCUCCAAUCAAUAUACCUUCGAGAAAUAGAAUUCCACUGUAUCUGUGCCGCCCGCCGUUUCUGGGAAGCCCACCGUCCACAGCCGAUGCUAAAGCUGGUCGUCCCGAAUGCCGCCCGUCCCUCUCGACCAUACUGUUCAGAGACACCCUGGCGGGGUAUCAACAUGCUCACGGACCCGGCGUUCCGGGACCUUCAGCAGCCCAUCGCGAAAAUAUUUCGUGCCGCAGACCAGGUCAUUGGAAAUGAUGAUGGGCUGGGGCUACGAGAGUAUCUGAGCUUGAUCGCUGAUUUGGAUUGGGAUAUGGUUCGACAGCGACAAUGUCAACAACAUCUAACACAACGGGAUCAGCAGCAGCGGCAGCAGGAGGCACGGCUCCAGCAAGCAGGGCAACAGCAGCUCCCUCCGUCCGGACGUCCUGGAAAACCAAUGCUAAUAACAGUUCCCCGGCCCACCUUCCCGCCGCCCAACAGCACCGUUGCCGAUAAUUCCAGACGGGCAUACUCGGCACAAUUCACAACUGUCCAGUUACUCGAUGAUUUAUACACACGGUGCGAGGCCGUGAUGAAUGCGAUACAAAAAGUGAACGUGGGUGAUGGUGAUAAAGAGCCAGUGGAGUUGAGUCUUGCAGAGCUUGAAGGGGUCGUUUCGUCGGCUCAAGGAUUAGCUCUUUCACUGAAUGGAACCUUAGAGCACCAUGCCAUUGGGGAGGUUUGGGCGAAGUGCCUUCAGUCAAGAUAUCCAUGA